GCUGCUGUCAGAAGAGGCAGUCGAGCAGAGGUUUCCGUGUCGGGACUGUGGGAAAGUACUCUGCGAAAAAGAAAAGAACAACCACACACAGCAGCGAGAAGCUGUGCCUGGAGAGACAGCUGAAAAGGCAGAGCUUUUCUUUUCGAAGUGGAAGCCCGGUUUUUAAGAAACAGGCGUUUGGAGAUGGGCGACAAGGCGGGGACCAGAGUCUUUAAGAAGUCCAGCCCCAACUGCAAGCUUACAGUGUACUUGGGCAAAAGGGACUUUGUGGAUCAUCUAGAUCAUGUGGAUCCAGUUGAUGGAGUACUUUUGGUCGACCCAGAAUACCUUAAAGACAGAAAAGUGUUUGUGACUCUGACGUGUGCAUUUCGUUAUGGCCGAGAGGAUCUGGACGUGUUGGGCUUGUCCUUCAGAAAGGACCUUUACAUCUCCACCUUCCAGGCUUUUCCUCCACUGCCUGAGGAGCGCAAACCACUCAGCCGCCUGCAGGAGCGUCUCCUCAAGAAGCUCGGCCAACACGCACACCCCUUUAACUUCACUAUUCCUCAGAAUCUUCCUUGCUCAGUCACUUUACAGCCUGGACCAGAGGACACAGGCAAGGCAUGCGGUGUAGACUUUGAGAUUAGAGCUUUCUGUGCCAAAUCUGUGGAGGAGAAGAUUCAUAAGAGAAACUCUGUGCGGCUGGUGAUCCGUAAGGUGCAGUAUGCUCCGGAGAAGCCAGGACCACAGCCUAUGGUUGAGACCACACGCAGCUUCCUCAUGUCUGACCGCUCCCUCCACCUGGAGGCUUCGCUUGACAAAGAGCUUUAUUACCAUGGAGAACCCAUCAGUGUCAACGUCCACGUCACCAACAACUCCACCAAAACUGUCAAACGAAUCAAAAUCUCAGUGCGACAGUAUGCUGAUAUCUGUUUGUUCAGCACUGCACAGUACAAAUGCCCCGUGGCUCAGGUAGAAGCCGAUGAUCAGGUGUCAUCCAGCUCCACGUUCUGUAAGGUGUACACGCUCACCCCGACACUGAACAACAACCGAGAGAAGAGAGGUCUAGCACUGGACGGCAAACUCAAACACGAGGACACCAACCUGGCCUCCAGCACUAUUGUGAAGGAUGCAUCCAAUAAAGAGGUUUUGGGUAUCCUGGUGUCCUACAGAGUCAAAGUUAAAUUGGUUGUCUCUCGUGGAGGUGAUGUGGCAGUAGAGCUUCCCUUUGUGUUGAUGCACCCUAAGCCCUCUGAGCAGCCCAGCUCGAGACCACAGUCAACUGUGCCAGAGACAGAUGCUCCUGUGGACACCAACCUGAUAGAGUUUGAGACAAAUAACUUCUCUCAGGAUGAUGACUUCGUGUUUGAGGAUUUUGCACGGCUGAGGCUGAAGGGAAUGAAGGAUGAUAAAGAUGAGGAUGACCACUUCUGCUAACCCUGUGUGGGGAGAGGGAGCUGGAUUGAAGGGGCUCGAAGUGUCAGUACUACUACACCACCAUUCCACUGGGCCAGUCUGAAGAAGAGGGACGCAUCCAUGAUGCUGUCAUCUUUUAGUUGUUGUGUUUUUUUUUAUUUUUUAGGUUUGUUUUUUUUUGGAACUACUUUUUGUGCAUGUACAUUAGAGAGACAAAAUGAAACCCAGUGAGAAAGGCAAAGAAAGCGGUAAGGUUAACUAGAACUGGUCAGGAACGUCUACACAAUGUCAUUGAACAAAGGGUCCAUUACUUCAGGGGUGUCUUUUUAUCUAGUUUAUCCCCCCCCCCCCCAAAAAAAAUAUCUCCCCCAUCUUCCCCACUGUAAACUGAGUGGGCAUUACUAGCUUUGUAAUAUUGUAAUAACAUGGAUAAAAUGAGGAACAUGAGCUUGAGAAUUUUAUUUCAUUAUCAAAUUCACUAUAGACCACCAAGAGACUUUUUCUUUUGAUGUUCUAGCAUUAUUUUAUAGUUACGUAAAACGGAUACAUAUCGCAUGAACAUGGAAAAGGAAUGACUGUUCAGUGUGCUUAAGGGAGCACUCAGUAGUCAGCACAAUGCAUUGGACCACAGAAGACUCGAUUUAUCAUAGCCGUCGGGGGGGGUGCGCGCGCGCAUGUGUGGAUUGAGUGUUUAUUCAAAACACGGAGACGGUGAGAGCUCUGCCUGCAGAAGCCUAGUGCUAUUCCAUGCAGCACAGUUAACCCAUCAUCUGAAACUGUUGUGUGGUGAAACUUUUCUAGUUUUAAAUUGCCAAAAUUUAACACCUAAUUGAAUUUGCUAAAUGACGGAGACGUAUUUUCAGGUGUCGUUUGUUAUCAUUUCCAAGAAAUAAGCAACUCGUCUUAUCAGGUUUCACCAUUUCAGCUGCUUUCCCUUUUUCCAUAUUUAUUUGGUGCCAGUCUCUCUACAUAAUCUCAACCCUGUAAAGAGUGCCAGAUUUAGACUUUUUUUUUUCCACCUUUCUUCUUUGGAAACUUUCGAAAGGUUUUUAUAUUUAACCUACUGAUUAAAAGCACUUUUUUUUAAAUUUAUGUUGGGAAUCAUGAGCUAUUACACAGAGAUGAUCACAAUCGCAUCCUGGCUCUUCUCCUCCACCUUGUGACGAAAAGGAUAUUGUUUUUGAUUUUGUAGGCGGUAAGCAUCAUUCUACAACUCCCCUCGAUUAAUGAUCAACUGUUUAUACUCAACUAUGAUCUCUUAACCGUCACCUCUUAUUGAUUGACCUUUUAUAUAUAACCUACAUUAUUAUUUGCCAUGUUACACACUCUUUUUAGUUGAAAAAAAUAUUUUCACUAAAGCGGCAAAUGAAUCAUAUUAACUCCACAAAUGCUUUGUUUUAAAGCUUGCCCAUCAAACCUUUUUAUUGUGUUUAAGGAACUACUGAGUUUACCACUUAUCAUUUGUUAUUAUAUUCACUUAAUGAAAAUUAUAAAAUUUCUUUUUUCAUCGUUCAUUUGAAAACUUGCUUUUAUGUAAAGUUAACGUCAUUAUUCUACUAACCUGAAAUUCCAUGCUGUAUGCUCCAUUUGCUGUAUAUUGCAUCUAUAUAAAUUAUACAGUGCUUUCCAUGAUUCUUGGCACCCCUUGUAAAGAUUAGUAAAAAUGGUUUGACAUAAUCCACCUUUUGUUGAAGUAGCUUCAUCUCGCACUGAAGAAAUGAGAAAAAUCCAACCUUUUAAUUGAAACAAGUUUAUUCAGAGAAAACCAAAUCCCUCAUCAAGAAAUGAUUUUCAACAAAAACGCAUGUGCCACUAUUAUUGGCACCUUAUUUCACAAACUUCAGGCGCUUACGUUUGUGGUUAACUGACAGAAAAGGCUUUUUUUUUUUUCUGGCGUACCUUCUGUAUAAUCUAUUAGCAUGGAGGUGGAGUCUGAUGGUGGUUUUGGAAAUGUGGAACCCCCAAGAUUUAACUUUUUCUUAUAAUUCACCAACAGUGAUCCUUGGGGAUAAUUUUUCUUAUUUAGUUAUUUAUUUAUUUGCCUCUCUUACCCUCCUCCUCACUGUAUGUGGGGGCAAAAUAAAUGUGGAUCCUCUUCCAGGCAAGUUUUUAACAGUUCCAGAUGGUGUCCACUUUUUUUAUUAUUGCCCUAACAGAAGAAAUUGACAUUUUCAGGCAAGGAGCUUUUUUUUUUUUUUUAAAAAAACAUCAAUGUCCUUGACCUGUGGUGUCCCCCAGGGGUUGAUCCUUGGACCAUUAGUAUUCAAUCUUUAUAUGCUCCCACUUGGACAAAUUAUCAAGAACAACUCAGUUUUGUAUCACUGCUAUGCAGAUGACACCCAAAUUUAUUUUGCUCUAUCACCUAAUGAUUAUGCCCCCCUUGAAUGUCUCUACCAGUGUAUCGACCAAAUCAACAACUGGAUGUCAUAAAAUUUUCUUCAGCUGAACACAGAUAAAACAGAAGUAAUUCUAUUUGGGGUAAAAAAGAUGAAAGACUCAGGAUUACCACUAUUCUUGAUACAAAGGGGAUUAAAACAAAAGAUAUGGUUAAAAAUCUUGGUGUUUUCAUUGACGGCGAGCUAAACUUUGACAGUCACAUGAAAGCAAUCACUAAAUCGGCAUUUUAUCACCUAAAAAACAUUUCCAAACUAAGAGGACUUAUGUCAAAAAAUGAUCUGGAAAAACUUAUACAUGCCUUCAUCUCUAGUAGGGUUGAUUACUGCAAUGGCCUUUUCACAGGCCUGCCAAAAAAGACCAUCAAACGACUUCAGCUGGUUCAAAAUGCAGCAGCUAGGGUUCUCACACGAACAAAAAGAACAGAGCACAUUACUCCAAUUCUAAGGUCCCUUCACUGACUCCCAGUAAGCUACAGAAUUGACUUUAAAGCAUUGCUGCUGGUGUACAAAUCUCUAAAUGGUACAGGGCCCAAUUACCUCUCUGAUAUGUUGCAGCGGCCUAACCCAAUCAGAUCUACCAGAUCGCAGCAGCAAAAUGUACUGGUAAAACCUGUUGUUAAAACAAAGUGUGGUGAAGCAGCUUUUAGCUACUAUGCAGUCCAGCUAUGGAACCAACUGCCAGAGGACAUCAAAAAUGCUCCUGCUGUUGGCAGCUUCAAAUCUAGACUAAAGACCAAGCUGUUUUCAGAUGCUUUCUGCUAACUGAUAAAUAUAAUCAUCUUUACAUGUUUUAAACUUUACUUAACUUUUACAGUCUCUGCAUGUUUUAAACUUUACUUACCUUUUAUUCUAUUUUAUUCUGCUGUUUUUUUUACUGAACUUUUAUUUUAUUUCUACUAUUGUUUAAUUCUUAUUUUUUUCUCUCUUCUUCCCCCUUUAUUUUAUGUAAUUUUCUAUUGUUUACUGUUUUGCUUUUACCUCUGUAAAGCACAUUGAACUGCCACUGUGUAUGAAAUGUGCUAUAUAAAUAAACUUGCCUUGCCUUGCCUUAAAGUAACCUUUAACUGACUAAUGAAAGCCAACACACUUCUCCCUCAGUUGGCUUGUGUGUUCUCUUAUCUUUCCCCUGUUGAUGGAUGACUAAGGGAAUUUGGCCUCUGUGUCACCUCAUGUUUGUACCCCAGUUAAUCAGGAAGUCAUGGAUUACAGCUUAAAAGUUCCUACACACUCCAAUCAACUCAAAAAUGUACAAUUUAAAUGGGAAACCUGCUUCAGUUACAUUGUGUUCACUAUCAUUUCUGGGGUGCCAUUAAUAGUGGCACAGGAGUUUUUAUUAAAUAAUUAUUUCUUGAUGAGGGAUUUUGUUUUUCUCUGAAUAAAUUUGUCAAUUAAAGGUUGGAUUUUUUUCCUCACUUUUUCAGUGUGAGAUGAAGCUAUGUCACCAAAAGGUGGAUUUUUUUUUUCCUAAUGUUUUUACAAGAGGUGCCAAUAAUCAUGGCAGGAUCUGUAUAUCUAUUUGUACAGCUGGUCACAGAAAUUGUGUACAUGCAUUAAGGUCUGCCGUUAAACCCUGUCCUUUUCCGGGUGACCUGACCAGUUCAGUGUUGUUUGAAUUAUUUUCUUCAUUCACUGUUCAGCCAUCAACACGGCAUUACCAACAAUGUUUAUGUACAUAAGUGCACACAAUUUACCUGCUAUUGGAAUAUUUUGAUACACUUUCAUUCAUGCAUACAGCUUACACAGCUAGGAACCUACUUUGUGUAACCUCAUUUUUAAAAGAAUGCCUUUCAGGACUUAACAGGAAAUUGGUGCUGAACAGAACGAUUGAGUUUGAGAGAUGAAGGCUUGUUUACCAGACUCAAGCUAAUGUCUAGGGCUGCAGAAUUUCUAAGAUUUCAAGAACAGUUAAUUGAUAUGAGGAAAUAAGCUCCAGGUAACACAAGAGCACACUGUAUGUCACACAAUGUUAUUUAUAAUCACAAUAGGAGUUAAAAUAUGCCUUGAAAAACAAAUGGUUGAUUUAUUUUAUGUAAGGAUGUUGCAUAUGUGUAAAUUUGUUGAUUGUCUGCUGUCAAAUUUUAAAAUGCUUUUUUUUUUUAAAUCAUUUAUGUUAUGAAAUGGCAGGGAGAAUAUUUUCAUCAGAUGGUCGAAAAAUCUUUGUCCUUAUGCGAGUGCUUUGCUAGAAUGCCAUGCAUGCAUUCAAAGGCAGCGGUAGGCUUUGAGAACGUUGUGUUGUGAUAGAGCGCUCUUUCAGACCAUCUUCAUGUAAAACUUUGCUUUUUAUUUUUAGUUCAAAUGGAGCCUCAUAUGUCUGUGAACCAGUCAAGUGUAUAAAAGAAAUAUUAUAUUGUAUAUCUUCCCUUGGAUUCUGUAGGGUCUAUCUAAGGAAAGCGCACGCAGAUGUCGGUUUGUAGACUAAUAUCGUACCAUGUCACACCUUUUUGUAUUUUAAGGUUGAUUUUAAGCUACUUUUAAUCCUCACUACUACUAAAAUUGAUAGUCUGAAAAUAUACAUACAUACAUGCUACCUGGUAAUUUAAUUCACAAUAAAUUAAGAUGAAAUAUAUUAAUAUGAUUUCCAAAAUAAGCAAUAUGUUAUUUUAGUCAAUAAAAUGGUAUUUAAAAAAUCACUGAAAAAA